AUGGAGACGGGCGGGCGCGGCGCGGCUGUCAGCGGCGGGCGCGCGGCCGCGGGGGGCUGCGGGAGGAAGGCGCGGGCCGCGGCCGGGACCCUCGCGGUAGAGAUGGACUUGCAUUGUGAUCGCGCAGCCGAGCCGCCGGCCUCCGAGCCGCCGUCGGGGAAGAUCAACAAGGCCGCCUUUAAACUGUUCAAGAAGAGGAAGCCGGGCGGCGCGAUGCCCAGCAUCUUCGGGGUCAAACACAAAGGGGACGGCAAGGGCGCGGGGCCGGCGGGGCUGGUGCGCAGCCGGACGCACGACGGGCUGGCCGAGGCUCUGGCGCUGGAGGGCGGCCGCCGCGAGGAGCCGCGCGCGGGCGGCGGGGACGGGGCGCGGCCGGGCCCCGCGGCCCCCCGGGCGGCCCCGGGAGGCGCGGGCCCGGCGGCCGGCGGCUCGGUGGCCAAGUCGCACAGCUUCUUCUCGCUCCUGCGGAAGAACGGGCGGCCCGAGAGCGGCGGGGCGGAGCAGGCCGACGCGGGCAAGGCCGGUGGCAGACAAAAGCGGGGGCUGCGGGGGCUCCUGGGCGGCGUGCGCUGGCGCAGGAAGGACCGGCGGCCCCAGGACGCGGCGCCGGCGGGGCGCGCGGGGGCCCCGGGCGGCCUGGCGCGGCCGGGCUCGCUCACCGCCAGCCUGGAGUGCGUCAAGGAGGAGGCGCCCGCGGCCGCGCGCCAGCCGGAGCCAGCAGGUGAGCCCGCGGCGGGGGAGCCCGAGCCGGCCUGCGCCCCGGGAGAGGGCGCCUCGGGGCCCGGGCGGCGCGCCGAGCGGCCCCGCGCGCCCCCCGAGCCCGAGCCGCGCGCCGGGGAGGGCCGGCCGGCCGAGGACGCCGCGGGGCCCGGGGCCGCGCCGGCAGAGACGGCGCCCCGGGCAGAUUCCGAAGGCGGCCGCGCGCCAGCCGCCCCCGACCCUUCCUCGGUCGAUCCGCCCUCCGACCCAUCGGCAGAUCGUAUUUGUCUGAUGUUUUCUGACGUGACUUCACUGAAAAGCUUUGACUCUCUUACAGGCUGCGGAGAUAUUAUCGCAGACCCCGAGGACGAGGCCGGGCCCGGCUGUGCCAAGCAUGCCCCCGGGCCGGGCCAGCCGGGCCCCGCCACAAAGCCGCCGGGCGUGGUGGCCUACCAGGGAGGCGGGGAGGAGAUGGCGAGCCCGGCCGAGGCGGACGACUCGUACCUGCAGGAGUUCUGGGACAUGCUGUCCCAGACCGAGGACCGGGGAGAGGGGCCCCAGGGAGGAGCGGCCCCGGCGGCGGCGGCGUCCGACGCGCAGGUGGCUCCCGAGACCCCCAAAGAAGCCAGGUGUGCGGAGGUGACCAAGGACGCGUCCUCGGUCAAGCGCCGAAGGCUCCACCGGGUCCCCACGGAGCUCCCCCCGAAGGAAGAACCCAAGCACCCAGACAAGGAGCCACAGGAAGGCCUCCCCAACAGCGACGAGGGCUACUGGGACUCCCCCACCCCCAGGCCGGAGGAGGACGGCGGCGCGAGGAAGACGGGCCUCCCCCGGGACAGCGACAGUGGCGACGCGCUCCACGAGCUCUGUGCCGCCGAGCCGGAUGGAAGCCCCGCGGCCCUGCCCGCCGCCCCCGCCGCCAGCGAGGAGACGUCCUGCUCUUCCCGGUUAAAGCCUGUGUCUCCGGUCACCAUCACCUGCCCGCUGCGAACGCCGGGGAGCCUGCUGAAGGACUCCAAGAUCCCGGUCAGCAUCAAGCAUCUGGCGAACCUGCCAUCCAGCCACCCGGUGGUGCACCAGCCACCAGCCAGGAGCGAGCUGCCCAGAACCAAAAUCCCGGUGUCCAAGGUGCUGGUCCGCCGGGUCAGCAGCCGGGGCUUGGCUGGGACCACCCUCCGGGCCGCGGCGUGCCAUGAUAGUGCCAAAAAGUUGUGA